AUGGGCCAGAAAAUCUCAGGGAGCAUAAAGUCUGUGGAUGUGAGGGAGCCCCCUUAUAGACCUGUUAAACGAGAGCUGAGAGGCCCGGAUUUUUGCAAGCCGGCGCGACUGGACAUGCUGUUGGAUAUGCCCCCUGCCAACCUGGAGGUCCAGUAUAAACAUGCGUGGAACAAUGAAGAUCGCUCCUUAAAUAUAUUUGUAAAGGAAGAUGAUAAACUGACUUUUCAUAGACACCCCGUUGCCCAAAGCACAGAUUGCAUCCGGGGCAAAGUCGGCUACACGAGAGGCCUGCACGUCUGGCAAAUCCACUGGCCCACGAGGCAACGGGGAACUCACGCUGUGGUGGGCGUCUCCACAGCCGAAGCUCCGCUGCACUCGGUGGGAUACACGUCGUUGGUGGGUAGCAAUAGUGAAUCGUGGGGCUGGGAUCUGGGACGCAACAAACUCUACCACAAUUGUAAAAACCAGCCUGGGGUGACGUAUCCUGUCUUUUUGGAACCGGAUGAGUCUUUUGUACUCCCAGACUCCUUGCUGGUGGUUUUGGAUAUGGAUGAAGGGACGCUUAGCUUCAUGGUAGAUGGACAGUAUCUUGGAGUGGCCUUCAGGGGACUCAAAGGGAAAAAACUUUACCCCAUAGUCAGUGCAGUUUGGGGGCACUGUGAAAUUACAAUGAGAUACAUCAACGGACUUGACCCGGAACCCCUGCCUUUAAUGGACUUGUGCCGAAGAUCAAUUCGUUUUGCUCUCGGCAGAGACCGCCUGCAUGACAUAGAAAUUCUACCUUUGCCUCUGUCUCUGAAAAAUUAUUUACAGUACCAAUAAGACGUCUAGAACCCUCUGGCCUCACAUUGGACUACAUCAAUGCAAAUGGCAGAAAAUUGUUUACAGCAAAAUACAAAUCUUCGUGAUGGACACUUAAGUGUUAUUUAAUUUUUAAUAUAUAUUUUUUUCCUGAACCAGUGAAAGCAGAUCACUGUGGGGGACUACUAAAGAAUGUGAAAACGUUGAUUUGAUUGAGAUUCUGUAUUAUCUGUUGCCUGUUGUGUUUACAGUCCCGAAGGCCAUUAUUCUCAUCUGUCGUAUAUUGGUUUAUCUUCGUUGCCUCUGGUAAAUGCCAAUAGAAAAUCUGACCUGCAAGAUCCACUGUCAUGCAGGACAGAGCUUUCUUCAAUAAUGCAGUUGGUUUUUUUCUUCUUUCUCUCUCCCACACCUCACCC